CGUGGGUCACUCUGUUCACUCUUCACUCUGCAAUUUGUAUUCAGCCUUCCCCAUUUUCUCUCUCAAUGAUGUCCUUUCGAAUUCAGCUGAGUCCUUUCCUUCUUUAUGUUUCUUUCUUUUAAGUCUGUCAUAAGGGUUUUCUAUCCCUUUCAUUAUUGUAAUUUAUUUCUCAUCUCUGCAAUUGAUCCUGCAACUGCCCCCUUGCAUUCUCGCAAAACUUUCUCUCUCUUGAUGUUUUUCAUUUUCCUAUGAUUUAUCUUUUUUUUCUGGGGUGGAUAUUCCUCUCGUUUAACCAACAUUUGAUGAAAUAGGUUUUGUUCUCUCUACUGCUUUGGGUAUUAUUCAUAUGUGUUUCUAACUGCGAAGGUGCAAAUGAAACUUCGAUUUCUUUUUUGUAUGUUAAUGGCAGUGCUUUGCGCGUUUAUGAUUGGAGUGUAGUGUCAUUCUUUGAGCCAACAAUGAGGAUUAUCUUUCUCGUGAAGAAUGGAAUGAGCACUUACCCUUCAUAGUUUUCUAUUGAAAACGCAGAUUUCUGUUCUUGCCAUUGAUGGGUACGGUUGGCAAUAACUGGGAUGAAGAAUGCUCUGUCAUUGGAGACAAAGGAGAAAUCAGAUUUAUCGAUUUUGAGGAUGAUAAAUCUGUGUGUAGUUACAACCCAAAUGAAGAGGGUCCAAUUGUUAUUUCUGUUCCGUUCCCUUUUGCAAGAGGAAAGCCUCGAUCAGUAUUUGUGGGAGACACUGCUGCGGAUUCAAUCACCAUCAGUAACACCACCAGUGAGCCUGUGGAACUCUGGGCAGUUAAAAUUUAUGCCUCAAAUCCUGAAGACUCAUUCACCCUUUCUCUGAUGGAGCCUCCAUCUGCAACUUCAGAUGAGGAAACCAUUCAAAGUUUCUUUGCAACUUUCUGCAUCGAGGACAGAGUGCUUCAGCCACACCAGACACUAACCGUUUGGUUAUCUUGCAAACCAAAGGAAAUUGGCUUGUUAACCUCUGUUGUACAUUUUGACGUGGGGCAUAACAGGAUAGAGAGGGUGGUUUUUCUACUGGCUGAGGAUAAGAUCUCUCGGUCUUUGGCUUCAAACAAACCAUAUUGUCGAGGCAGAAAAACGAAGCAAUUUGCCGUGGAUACAUUUGUUCGGGGCAUGCGCCCUGUGAAGCAAGGAAACCAAAGGUUCAGGUAUAGGCUUCCUCCAUAUCCAAUUCCGGAGGAUGUCAGAGAAGUUGUAGAGAGUAAGCAGAUCCCUGAUGCUGUCAAAGAUGGUCUAAGAGGAAAGAACUAUGCAUCUUACUUCAAAACUUUACUGGCCAUGGAGGAGAUACAUAUUGAGGAAGACAUGAGGAGUUACGACAUGGAGCGUGUCAAAAUGAGAAGGGAAGGGAAUCGAUUCUUGUCCCUUGAGGUUCCAGGACUGGCUGAAAGAAGGCCUUCACUUGUCCAUGGAGAUUCCAUUUUUGUAAAGCCUGCCUCUCAGGAUGCAAAUGACAACACUCCUCCAUAUCAGGGUUUCAUUCACCGUGUUGAAGCUGAUAAAGUAUUUCUAAAGUUUGCCAAUGAAUUCCAUUGUUGUCAUAGAGAUGAGACCUUCUAUAAUGUUCAGUUCACAUAUAAUCGAGUGAUCGUGAGACGCUUAUAUCGGGCUGUUGAAGCUGCAGAAAGCUUGGAGACAAAGCUUCUCUUUCCAUCUGAGUCUAGGAGGCGACGGAUAAAGGCAACUCCACUGGUGCCCAUAUCUUGUAAUCUCAAUGAGGAACAGAUGUGUUCUAUUGAGAUGAUACUUGGCUGCAAAGGAGCCCCACCGUACGUGAUAUAUGGGCCUCCUGGUACAGGAAAGACCAUGACACUUGUGGAAGCUAUCCUUCAAGUCUACACAACUCAGAAGAAUGCAUGUAUACUUGUCUGUGCACCUUCAAAUAGUGCUGCUGACCACAUUCUGGAAAAACUCCUCAGUGAGAAGGCAGUCAAAGUUCAAGAGAAUGACCUAUUCAGGCUGAAUGCAGCUGCACGUUCUUAUGAGGAUGUUAAGCCUGAACAUAUUCCCUUCUGCUUUUUUGAUGAUCUGAUUUUCAAGUGUCCCCCACUCGAAGCCCUAAUGUGCUAUAGGAUCAUCAUAUCAACCUAUAUGAGUGCUGCUCUUCUUUAUGCAGAAGGUGUUGAGCGAGGUCACUUCUCUCAUAUUUUUUUGGAUGAGGCUGGCCAAGCUUCAGAGCCAGAAACUAUGAUUCCCAUAUCCCACCUUUGCAGAAGAGAGACAGUUGUUGUACUUGCUGGAGACCCAAGACAAUUAGGUCCUGUAAUAUGCUCUAAAGAAGCAGAGGCUUAUGGAUUGGGAAAAUCAUACCUGGAGAGGUUAUUUGAAUAUGAGUUUUACAACAAGAAGGAUGAAAAUUAUGUAACUAAACUGGUUAGAAAUUAUCGAUGUCACCCGGAAAUUCUCUCUCUCCCUUCAAAACUGUUCUAUGAAGGGGAAUUGAUUGCAUGUAAAGACAAUAGUAUCUCUUCAGCUUUCUCGGACCUCCUUCCUAACAGAAAGUUUCCCAUUCUUUUCAUUGGCAUCCAAGGCUGUGAUGAGAGAGAAGGAAGUAACCCAUCAUGGUUCAAUAGGAUUGAAGCGAGUAAGGUAGUUGAAAUUAUCAGGAAACUGACAAAUAGUGGCAAAAUGAGUGAGGAAGAUAUUGGGGUGAUAACACCUUAUAGGCAGCAAGUACUGAAAAUAAACAAAGCUCUUGAGAACAUGGACAUGCCUGGUACCAAGGUUGGCAGUGUUGAACAAUUUCAGGGACAAGAAAGGCAAGUUAUUAUUGUAUCUACCGUCCGUUCAACAAUCAAACACAAUGAGUUUGACAAAACCCACUGUUUGGGGUUUCUGAGCAGUCCACGGAGGUUUAAUGUGGCCAUUACUCGUGCCAUAUCAUUGCUUAUUAUUAUUGGCAAUCCGCACAUUAUCAGUGAGGACCCAUAUUGGAAUAAACUUUUAUGGCAUUGCUCAGACAAUGAUUCUUAUCAAGGUUGUGGUCUUCCUGUAAGGCAGGAUAAUGUGGAUGACUACUUGGCACAGGAGACCUUGAACUAUGAAGAAAAUCAUCAACCCCGUGAUGAAGUUGAAUGCGGUGAGGAGUGCUUUCAAGAAAUUGCUAGACCAGAAGAAAACUAUAAACCCUCUGAAGGAACCAGUCGGGGGCAAGAAUGGUGUCAAGAAAUCCCUAAACCUGUUACAGAUGAAGCUGAAUGGUCUGAUGGUUGGCGUGAUUAGAGAGAAGAAACAGGCACCAAAGACUUUUCUCUUGUUGCAUUUCUUUCUAUCCUCAGUAAAUAGGUGUUAAUAUCAGAAAUAAAGAUUGGAGAAAGAUAACUGUGUUUCUCUUUUAAGCCGUUUCCUGCAUAUACUGCUUUAUCAAACCAUUGCAAGAUUACUAUCAAAAAGCUUAUUCAAAA